CGCGCCGGCCGGAACUCUUAUCCCCAUCCGCUCGCCGAAUGACACAACCUCCUCCUCGUAAAUAUGCACAUCACCGCUUUCGUUGAAUUGAUGACUGAAUUAUUUUGCGGUGAACGAGCCCGUCUUUAGUUUGAGUUACCUAUUAUAUUACAAGACUGGAUUCUCUUCCGGUUGCAUUUUCCUCAAUUCAACCGACCAAGUCGUCGACAUCACAAUCGCCACACGGACGGACCUCUCGGCAUUUGCAAGUCUCACUCAUCAUCACAUUUGUUGAACAAAAUGGAAUCUUCAGAGACAAACCCUGAUCUUGAGUCGUUUAGGGAGCAGUGGAGGGCUGAGGUCAGGGCUAGACAUCAGCAGUCACACCGCCCCCGUCAGGAUCAACAUACUACGGCUGGACCAUCGACGGGGUCGAGGAAGCCGCCUCCUACGAAGAAGCCGAUCGCCAAGGAGUAUGAGGAGGAUUAUGUACCUACAAAGGUGUUUGAUGAACCCGGACAGCCGGCCACAAUUACAGGAGUUGCCGCUGUGCCCACUAAGAAGGAGCCAAUCACCGCUCUCGAGCAUUAUGAGAAGGCUGUGGAAAGGGAGGCGGCGGGGAAUCUGGGGGAUAGUUUGAGGCUGUAUAGAAAGGCGUUUAGGAUGGACGACCAAGUCGAUCAAAACUACAAAGCGAAGCACUUCCCCAGGGCGAAAUUUCCCCAAAAGAUGGCAGCACCAAAGUCGGGGGAUUCCUCUACGGCUGCGGCACCGGGGGAUGCAAAAGCCGACCAGCCUCAGACUAUGAAGGAGCUCAUCGCCAGUUUUGCGGGUUUGACUAUUGAGCCGGUGCCGCCAGAAAUCGAGGGCAUGCCUCAGCCUCCCUGCCCGAUUUCGAACCUGCCUGAUGAGAUACUUGUUCACAUACUCCGUGACGUUGCUGUCGCAGAUGUGGGUGACUUUGUUCGUCUUGCGCAGGUAUGCAAGCGGCUUGCGUUUUUGGUCGUGACGGAGGAUAGGAUAUGGCGGCGGAUUUGUUUGGGGGUGGAGUUUGGUUUUGGGGGGAUGCACUACCACUGGCAGAGGCAGAUCACUUGGGAGCCGCUUGCCGAGGAGGAUCUCGAGCGGGAGGCGGCUGAGGAGGCGGCUGCUGCGGAGGCGUUUACGCAGAGCAGCGGUGCGACUUCGCCAACGGAGACUGAACAAGAAGAUGGUUUUGUUGUGCCAGUUUUUGACCUGGAGAAACGGGCGGAGAGGUUGGCUGAUGAAUCGACAGCCAAUACGCUGGCGUUUUUCAACAGCCUUUACGGGUCGAGUUGGCAACGGAUGUUUCGUCUUCGUCCGAGGUUGAGGUUUAAUGGGUGUUAUAUCAGCACUGUGAACUACGUCCGGAGCGGGAUGGCUAAUUCGAACAGUAUCACUUGGGGGGCACCGAUUCAUGUCGUGACGUACUACCGGUACCUACGAUUUUUCCGGGACGGGACUUGUUUGUCACUGUUGACUACAGCGGAACCAAACGAUGUGGUUCACCACCUUACCCGUGAGACUUAUGCCUCCCACCAUUCGGGGCAUGUAAUGGAGUCAGCGCUAAAGGGGAGGUGGAGGUUGGCGAGGGCGGGGGAUAACCCGGGGGCUAGUCUGAGCGAGGUUGAAGGGGAUGUGAUGGUGGAGACGGAGGGGGUGAGUAAGUAUGUGUACAGGUUGGAUCUGACGCUGAAGAGCGCGGGGAAGGGUGCGAGGAAUAAUAAAUUGGCUUGGAGGGGGUUUUAUAGCUGGAAUAGGCUGACGGAUGAUUGGGCUGAGUUUACGCUGAGGAAUGAUAAGCCUUUUUUCUUUUCGAGGGUGAGGAGUUAUGGGGUUAUGGGGGCGUAGAGGGAUGGGGAGACGGGGUGGUGUAAAUAGUAUGAUUGAUGAGUAUAUGAAGGGAAGAAUGAAUGAAAUUAUUUGGUUGAAAGGCCUUGUUGCUGUGGGGGUGGAGUAGGUGAUUGUUGGUGGCUUUGAGGUGCAGGAAAAGGAGCUGAUGUGACUAACGAUACCUAACUGUGCU